AUGCGGCGCUUCAAGGAGAUGGAGAAGGCCCUGUCAAAGUCCCGCGACGCCUCUCCGGCCGCUGCUGCAGGCUCUAUGAAAGUUGGUGGUCAUUCCGUCGGAAGACCCGAAGGAUCACCUGCUAGGCAUGCUGCGGCGUCACCGGAGGGCGGCGUCACUAACGCGAAGAAGGGUUCUGAGGCUGGUGGCGCCAAGCAUGAAACUACUCAUGCAAGUGUGGUGAAACAACGGGAGGAGCGGAGGGCGCCUGCGGGUGCUGGAGUGGUGGAUCAGGUGGCCCGUGAGGAUGCUGUUGCCGCGCUGGAUCAGGUGGGCCAGCUCGAGAAGUUUGUGACGAGGAAGCUCAAAGAGUUGUCCUUGGCCAUUGGUAAGGAGCUGGGACCCUUUCCGGUGCGUCUCUCCGGCGAAACCGAACAUCCUACCGCGUUGGAACGAAAGCCUCAGGGGCUGAUGGUGGAUCAAAUGGCGCGUGACGAUGCUGCCCGGUCAAUUGAGGCUGUUCAUGAGCUUGAGGAGGAGUGGGGUAGGCGUUGGCACUCGUUGGAGGAGCGGUUGCGGAUCAUUGGUCGGGCGUCAAUGGGUAAGGGAUUGAUACAGUCUACUGGUGCUGCAUCUUCGAUUGACAGAAAGGCCCGGGAAGACGCCUCAAUGUCACUUAUGCGAAUACAACAACUGGAGCGGGAGAUAAUGGGAUUUAGACGCCUUCUUCAGAAGCAGGAUUCUACACCUUCCGACGGGUUUGUGGCUUCUGAUACACGAGGAAUUAGCAGUGGCGUGUUUCCCGUGCCGCCAAAGAUCCAGCGUGAAACAACCCUUCCCCCUGCAGGAACAGCCCUCGAGGUUGCAGCGGCGAAUGAUGAUGCAGAGUAUCAUACACGCAUGCAGGAUUUGGAGCAGGAGGUGGAGCAACGCAUGAACGAAGUGAACCGGGCCCUUGCUACACUACGUACAACACGAACUGGGUUUUCACCUGGGAAUGUCCCGGGGGAAGGGGAUGGUGCUAGGGAGGAAACCCCGUUGGUCCCGGGCCAAGUUGUGUUCAACUCAAGAGAUACUGAUAAUUAUUAUUCGCUAGAAUCUCCUGGGCCCUUUACCGGGUCCCAUGCAUCAGAAAAAACCGUACUGGUUAUGGCAUCACAUGAUGUUGCAGACGUGGGGGGUCUCGUUGGAAGCGUAGCACCAAUGCAGGGUGACGCGAUUGUGUUGCGCUCUCCACAACUGGGAGGAUUUGGAAUCCCACUGGUGAAGCGUGAGCUGCUAGGUGGAGCAUCAGCGGCUCCUCAAGCCAUUUUGCGCGGUGACGAGUCGUCGGUGCGCCAAAUAGGGACAACAUAUGAUGAUGAGACUGAAUCAUCGCGUGGUGGGUACGGCCCAGUUCCCCAACACGCUCUGCAUGCUGAGGGGAACCUGCCUGUUGCUGAGGCCGCGAGUGGUGCCGCGGAUGCAACCUCUACGAAUCGCACUCUGUCUCCCCUCAUCACUGCCCCCACUAAGCAUAACGUGAACGGCGGCAGAUGGGUGUCACCUAGGGACCGCACAGGAGAGCUCGAUCAACUUCGAUCCCAUGGCACGCAUCUGCGUAGCGUAGCAGUGAGUCCCCGGGGAAAGUUGGAGGAGAGCUUCUUGGAGGAACAAAGUGCAAUGGGGCACACAACGCCAUGCGUUGUGUACAACUGUGCUUGGUGCGCCGCACAGAAGCAGAAAGCGUCUGUGUGGACGGUGUGA